AUGGCUACUUACCGCUCCCCAAGCCGUGCUGACGCAAUGCAGAUGGCCGAAGCCGACCCCAACAUGAUGUCUACUCUCCUAGACUCAACAAUAUAUGGGAACUUCGAUGCCAUGUCCAUGAACGUCGACAACCCCGGCGACGACAACGGAAUGUCCAACUUCUUCGCUAAUACCCCCAUGCCCGACGGCCUGACCGACGAUCCCUCCGGCAUGAACACCAGCUAUUCGAAAAAUGGCGACGACGCAUCCAGCGUUGUCGGAGGGGGGCCUCCGCCCGUUGGCGGCUUCAAUUCUCAAGCUAUGCAACAAGCGGGAAGCAGCACCCUGACCGAGUUCACGAAGCGACGAGGCUGGCCUGCCAAGGUCAUCGAAGAGCUCAAAGAUUUUCUUCAGAUUCUCGACGCCAAUGGUCGCAUACGAUAUGUCUCCCCUAGUAUUCUUAACUUAACCGGAUACACCUCCGAGGAGAUCAUCGACACCUUCCUCAAGGAUCUCGUACACCCAGACGACGUAGGCGUGUUUGUCGCCGAGCUGAACGAGUCGAUUGCCUCAGGGAACCCUCUGCGCCUCUUCUUUAGGUUCAAGAAGAAGGAUGGUAAAUACGCCAUCUUCGAGUCAGUCGGUCAUGCCCAUAUCGCCGCCGCCAAGUUCGCCCCCAACCCGCACAACCAAUCGCCCUUCUGUCAGGCCGUGUUUAUGAUGUCGCGCCUGUACCCCACAAAAAAUGCAGGCCUGCUAGACACGUUCCUCGAGCACAAGAUGGAGAACGAGAGGCUGAGAAGGCGCAUUGCUGAGCUUCGCAGGGAGGAAGAGAUGGAAAAUGAAGAGUCGCAGAGGAUAUGGCAGCAGAGUCAGGAAGGCAGAUCAGACGUAACUCCCUCAGAAACCACCAUGACCACCUCCGCCCCGAGCGUAUCGCGUAACGAUAGCUCCAAUGACCGUACUUCAGCACUAAACGUCGCGCUCACCCGGGAAGCUUUGGAGGGUGUCGCAGGAAGUCGUCCAGACUCACUGAAGGACAAGAUGGCUCGAUACGAGGGCGGUGCCUCGCAUACCGAUACCAUCGAGAUGUUGACAGGGUUGAGAUAUAUCGAGGGGGAGAGAAGUCGUGGCAUCACGACAGGAAAUGCAAGCCCAACUUUGAUCAAGGGCGAUGCAGGAAUUGCUAUUCCUUUGGACCGGGAUCCUCGGACAGGCGACAAAAAGAAGAAGCUUAAGACUUCGGAGGAAUACGUCUGCACGGACUGCGGUACCCUCGAUUCACCCGAAUGGCGUAAAGGCCCGAGUGGCCCCAAGACGCUAUGCAACGCUUGCGGGCUUAGAUGGGCUAAGAAGGAGAAGAAGAACCGCCAUGGCGGCAGCAAUAAUGCAGCGGGUUCACUGGCAGUCGAGCACUCCACGGGGGCUCACAGUUAA